UUUCUGAUGUUUUGUCAAAUAAUUUGAAAAAUAAGAAUUCAUUAACUAAUCAAGAUAAAUCUUUUUCAAAAAAAUUAAAUAUUACAAAAACUUUUUUAAAAAAUAAUCCUGAACUUUUUUUCACUCCUGCCGAUAAAGGCAAUGUGACAGUACUUUUAAAGAAAACUGACUAUAAUCAAAAAAUGACAAAUAUGUUUACUGACACUACAACAUAUGAACUUAUAAAAAAGAAUCCAAUUAAAAAACUUAUCAAAAAUACAUCAUCAAUUCUUAAAUAUUUAAAUGAAAAUGAAUUCCUUGACAAAGUUUAUCACCCGAAUCAAUUGACUUUGACUGACACUGUUUUGGCUAAAGCUUAUGGACUCCCAAAAAUACAUAAAGAAAAUGUCCCACUUCGUCCGAUUAUUUCCUUAAUAAAUAGCCCUACUCAUUUUCUCGCAAAAAUAUUGUACAACUCCUUAAAAAAUUGUAUUACUUUACCUCGGUCACACAUUAACAAUAGUUUAGAACUUAAAAACAAAUUAGACAAUGUUACUAUGGACGACAGCUACACUUUUAUCUCACUUGACGUAAGUUCCAUGUUUACAAAUGUGUCUUGUGAGUUGGUCAUUCAGAGUUUGGAUCGACGUGUUAGUUGUAUAAACCAAAAAUGUAAAAUUCCAUUCUCUGACAUUAUUGAUUUUACUAAAUUUGUAUUUAAUAAUACAUAUUUUUCUUUUGAUGGAAAAUUCUACAGACAGACAUACGGAACUCCGAUGGGUUCUCCAAUUUCACCUUUCGUCUCGGAUAUUGUAAUGGAUGAUCUGGAAACUGAAUGUUUAAAAGAGUUAAAAGAAAAACAUAAUUGUGUUCCACUUUUCUAUUAUAGGUAUGUGGAUGACACAAUUUUAGCCAUAAAAAAAGAACAUGUUGAUCUGGUCAUUGACACUUUUAACUCUUACAAUCGAAAAUUACAAUUUACUGUUGAAAAAGAAAAAGAAAAUUCUAUUAACUUUCUCGAUCUAAAGCUUAUCAGAGACAACAACAAAAUUAUUACAAAUUGGUAUCAAAAACCGAUUUCAUCAGAUAGACUCAUUAACUAUUUUUCAGAUCAUCCACUUCAACAGAAGAAGAAUAUUGUAUAUAAUCUUGUAGAUAGGGCAUUUUCAUUGUCCAAUAAAAAAUUCCAAUUUGACAACUUGAAAAAAAUUAAAAAUAUUUUAAAAAACAAUAACUAUCCUUCAGACUUCAUUGAAAAACAUAUCAAGAUUCGUGUUAAUAAAAUAAAAUUUUCUGAUGUUAAUAAUAAUAAUAACAAAACUAAUAUAUAUAGUAAAAUUCCAAAAGUUUGUUUACCUUUUAAUGAAAAAUGUUUUUUCAAGUUGUCAAAUAUCCUUAGAGAGUUUAAUUGCACGUCUAUUCCUCUUAUAAAUAAAAAUUCUAGUUCUAUCAUCAAACUAGGUAAAGAUUCGACAAAAAAAUGGGAUAGAACAAAUGUUGUAUAUAAGUUUGAUUGUAAAACCUGCCCUGCAACAUAUAUUGGCGAGACGAAACGAUCUUUACUAACUCGCAUAAACGAACAUAAAAAAGUGAAUGACAACUCUGUAGUGUACCGACAUUGUAUCAAUUUCAAUCAUGAUUUUGAUUGGGAAAAUGUGAAGGUUUUGGACAAUGAAAAAAAUUUUAUAAAACGACGAAUAUCGGAAAUGAUCCACAUAAAAACAAAUCAUUCCACUAUUAACAGAAAAGAAGAUAUUCUCACUCUAAAUAAAACGUUCUUUCCUCUUUUCAGACGUAUAGACUCAUGUCCAUAAUGACAAAACAAUAACAUAUCUUGCUGACCACCUGUGUUUACAUAUCAGUUCAUUGACUCUUUUAGUUUUCAUAGUUUUGACUUUCUUAUCUCAGUUUCUAAUUUUAUUUCAGUUGACACUGAGUCGUUGUAGAGGAAUGUCUCCUUUUCUUCUAUAUAAUUAUAAAUUUAAUCUCUUGUGUGGAAUAUGUGUCGUGUUUUGUUUUUUAAUUUAUUUAUUUAUUUAUUUAAUUUUUAUUCUUCAUGACGAACUAAAAUAGUGUUUUUAUGUUUUAAUGAAUUAGCCUGAUGAGGUUGGCAAACCUUAGCCAACGAAACGUCGCAUUACUGACGAAA